GGAGCCUGUCGCCACUGCCCAACUGCCUUAGAAUCCCUCUAUAACUGCCAAAGGACCGUACCACCUGCCUGCCUUGUGACUUGCGUGAAUAACCUCCUUGAAAAGUGUUCUCUUUGUCCUGCGAGGGGAAGGUCGUCCCUGAUUUAAGUUUUCGCCGUAAACGAAGGAUCUCAAUCACGACCACAAGAAGUUGCUACUGACUUCUGUUUUCCUGGGGCAAAGCGACCAAGUCAGACCCCAGCGUCAGCGUUAGGUACUUCCCUUUCCCCUCCCGCCCGCAAUUUGCGCCCGUAGCCACGCCUCCAACGCGGCAAUCCUCCGGAUUCGCUUAGCCUUACGAAAUUCCCUUUCCGGCGUCGCGCUUACGUCACAAGUCCUGCGCCUCCCGCUCCUCUUCGGGCCUGCGUUCGAACGGAAGGUCGUCCCUGUGACCGACUAGGUAGUUGGAGCAGCUGUCGCCAUGUUGUCGGUCGCUGCCCGCUCGGGCCCGUUCGCGCCCGUCCUAUCGGCCACGUCCCGCGGGGUGGCGGGAGCGCUGCGGCCCCUGCUGCAAAGCGCGGUGCCCGCCACCUCGGAACCACCGGUUCUGGACGUGAAGCGACCCUUCCUGUGCCGUGAGUCGCUGAGUGGCCAGGCCGCGACCCGUCCUUUGGUGGCCACAGUGGGCCUGAAUGUUCCUGCUUCUGUUCGUUAUUCCCACACAGACAUCAAGGUGCCCGACUUCUCUGACUAUCGCCGUGCUGAAGUUCUAGAUAGCACAAAAUCUUCUAAAGAGAGCAGUGAGGCUAGAAAAGGCUUCUCUUACUUGGUAACUGCAACUACUACUGUGGGUGUUGCAUACGCUGCGAAAAAUGCAGUCUCCCAGUUUGUUUCCAGCAUGAGUGCUUCUGCGGAUGUACUGGCCAUGUCGAAGAUCGAGAUCAAGUUGUCUGAUAUUCCAGAGGGGAAGAACAUGGCUUUUAAAUGGAGAGGCAAACCUCUGUUUGUGCGCCAUAGAACCAAGAAGGAGAUUGACCAGGAAGCUGCAGUUGAAGUGUCCCAGUUAAGGGACCCACAGCAUGAUUUAGAGCGUGUAAAGAAGCCUGAAUGGGUUAUUCUGAUCGGUGUCUGUACUCAUCUUGGUUGUGUACCCAUUGCAAACGCAGGAGAUUUUGGUGGCUACUAUUGCCCCUGCCAUGGGUCACACUAUGAUGCUUCUGGCAGGAUCAGGAAGGGCCCUGCACCUCUCAACCUGGAAGUACCUACCUAUGAGUUCACCAGUGGUGAUGUAGUUGUUGUGGGUUAGACACUUGGACUCAGGGCCUAGGUUUCUUUCGGUCUUCAUGUCCCCUCAGAAGAGUUGAGAGUAAGCCUUGUGUACUUCUAGGUUGGUUGAUUUAAAAUAUUUAAGAAUUGUUAAUAACUAUUGGCAAACAUUAAUGUGAAGUAAUUGAAUUCACUGUUGAAUAUUAUCAAGCAUUAGCAUAAUAAAACCACUGUUGAACAUCAUUAAAUUCAGUCACAGACUGGAAAGGUGCAAUGUCUUUGAUAGUGAAUUCUAAUAAAACAUUACAGAUUGUUGUACAA